AGCUCACACUGGACAGCCCCGCCAGUAGAGCUGCAGAUCAGCUGUGGAGGAAGCCUUGUUGCCAACAUGAACUUCUCUGGCAAGUACCAACUGCAAAGUCAGGAAAACUUCGAGGCCUUCAUGAAAGCAGUCGGGUUGUCCGACGACCUCAUCCAGAAGGGGAAGGACAUCAAGGGGGUGUCGGAAAUCGUGCAAAAUGGGAAGCACUUCAAGUUCACCAUUACUACAGGGUCCAAAGUGAUCCAAAAUGAAUUCACCUUGGGAGAGGAGUGUGAGCUGGAGAGCAUGACAGGGGAGAAGGUCAAGGUAAGAGUGCCCCCUCGAGCCACCCUCUGCUUCCAGAACUUUCCCGGGAACCUGGCCCCGGGACUCCUCCCUCAAGGCUCCUCCCUUACAGUUCCCACCGCAGACACUCUACCCCUGAACCCACUUCUGGAGUCAGAGGCAAAGAGACAAAGAUGCUUUUAGGGAAGAAGCUCUCAA